AUUUUAAUUUAAUUGCUCCAUUGUCCUGAGUUCGUCAAUCUCUUUAUAUAUAGAUCGACCACGUUUAUUGAUCAUCCACCAGUUCUUCCUCCAUAUAUUCCACACACUCCCUCAAUCAUGGAUUCAAGUUCAAAUGAAAUAAUUCACCAGUGGGGCUCAUAUAUUCGUGUAUACAAAGAAGGACGUGUAGAAAGGUUCUUCGGCACCGAUAAAGUUCCGUCAUCCAUCAAUUCUACAGAUGGGGUAUCAACCAAAGACGUGCUAAUCGCUCCCGAAAUCGACGUAUCAGCACGUAUUUUUAUCCCUACUAGCACCAUAAAUUCAGGCCACAAACUCCCUCUCCUAAUCUAUUUUCAUGGUGGAGGGUUCAGGGUUGGAUCACCAUUCUGUGCAACAUAUCAUAAUUAUGUGACAUCUCUUGUCACUGCAGCUAGUGUUGUUGCUGUUUCUAUUGAUUACAGAUUGGCCCCUGAGUAUCUAGUCCCAGCAUGUCAUGAGGACUCAUGGGUUGCCCUAAAAUGGGUGGCAUCACAUUCUAAUGGUGAAGGUCCUGAAGAAUGGAUAAGGGACUAUGCUAAUUUUGGCCGAGUUUUUCUUGCUGGCGAUAGUGGAGGUGCCAAUAUUGCACAUGACUUGGCUGCUCAAGCUGGGAUAGAAAAUCUAAAUGGAGUGAAGUUAACGGGACUUUGUUUAGUCCAUCCAUAUUUUGGGAGUAAAGAUAGCGUGGAUGAGUCGUGGAUUUUUGUAAGCCCAACUACAAGUGGAUUAGAUGAUUUUAGAUAUAAUCCAGCUGCUGACUCGAGGAUGGCUAGCCUGGGGUGCACCAGGGUGCUAAUUUGUCUGGCUGAGAAGGAUGUGCUGAGACAGAGAGGGUUGUUUUAUCAUGAGACAUUGAGGAGGAGCGGGUGGGGUGGAGAGGUGGAGAUUGUGGAGACAGAAGGAGAGGGCCAUGUGUUUCAUCUGUUUAACCCAAAUUGUGACACCGCUGAAGCCUUAUUAAAGAAGUUGGCCUCGUUUAUUAACCAUGGCUAGGCUUCCUUUCACUCCAUUGACCGUGGUUGCAGGGGUGAUGCAAAUGGAGAGGAGUUUGAUGGAGUUUCUGUUGUAAAACAGCAUGAUCAAUCCAAGAAUAAUGGUGACACUGCUAUUGAAUUUGAUGACGGUCGUAGCAUGCCCGGCCCUUUGAGCCUUAUAAUAAUUGCUAUUAUGGUAGAGAGAUUUUUUCUGAGAUUAUUAUUGGAGAGAUUCCAAUUUAUGGGAGAGACUCCCAUAUUUUGGCAGUGAGAUUCUGCCUGUUCUGAUGUAAUUCUUACUUUCUUGAAAGUAAUCAACACAGCAGUUCUCUA